AAAAAAUUAAUAUAUGGAAUCUUUGCAUAAAAUAAAUAAAUAAUUUUCUCGAUUAUUAUUGUGCUACUCUUUUUACAGUUGAGCCCGAUCUACUUAAUUGGAUAGAAGAUAUUGGGCUCCUAUUGACAAUGAUAAUGAUAGCCCAAACUCCAACACCAGGAAGGUCAUGGAUUGUGCGUCUGCGUGUCUUACACCAACACCACGACUACGAAAGCAACCCAGGACAUUAUCCUCAACCAAGAAACAAUCCGUUGACUUUUACCCAAACAAAGACGGACGGUGUAGCCGCCCGGAAAAAGGCAAACAAACGACGACAUAAAUCACACUCUUCCUCUAACCGCAUCAUGGAGGCAGAAACGACCAAUUCGGUGGUGCUCCCUUUAAUAGAGAAAGCCACCAACUCUACGGCCCCCGACCUUGAUCCCCGCCUCCUCAAGGCUAUUAAAUCCACCGUUCGUCACUCCGACUCCGACCUCCGCUUAGCCGCCCAAACCCUAAUCUCCCUCAUGAAGCGUGACCAUUCUCAGGUACGCUAUCUUGCACUUCUCAUCAUAGAUGAACUUUUCAUGCGCUCAAAGCUUUUCAGAAAUCUUGUUGUUGAGAACUUGGAUCAAUUACUUAGCUUAAGUGUUGGGUUUAGAAGAAAUCAUCCGCUCCCUGCUCCUGCUUCUGUUGCAUCUGUUCUGCGUUCAAAGGCAAUUGAGUUUUUGGAGAAGUGGAAUGAAUCAUUUGGAAUUCAUUAUCGACAGCUGAGAUUAGGUUAUGACUAUCUCAAGAACAUCCUCCGUUUCCAAUUCCCUAACCUGCAAGCCAAUGCAGCUCGCAUUCGACAAGAGAGAAGGGAAAGGGAGAUGAGAACAAAAGAGAUCUUACUGAAAAAGUUUGAAUCUUUCAGAACAAAUUUUUCAUCAAUAAAAGAAGAAUUACAGUCCAACAUAGAUGAAAUUGAUGAGUGUUUAGAAAUUCUUAGAAAAAAGGAUGAGGACAUGCCGUUGGCUUCUACAGAUGAAGAAGAUAUGGAUGAGUUUCGUAACUCAGAACUACGGCAGAUCCGUCUUGAUUCCUUGAGAGAAGGGGAAAAGGUUCAAGAGAGCAGUGAGAACAAAGUUGUUUUCGAUGCUUUAAGGGAGUUUUACAAGGUUUUAGUCACUAAGCAUCUGCCUGCAGUGCAGGAAUGGAUUUCUGUUCUUAUAAGGGUGGAAGUGGCAGAUAUAAGGUUCAGGGACUCUGCAUUGAAAGACCUCAUAGACAUAAGAAAUCUUAUUCAAUCAACAAAAAGAAAAUGUGAAGAAUCAGGUUGUGAUCUUCCUAAAAUUGCAAAUGCAGAAGAAGAAGAAGAUAUCUGGGAAGAUGGGACUGUAGAAGCAUUUGAAAAGGGAAAAUCUGGUCCAAGCUGUUCAAAAAGCAAUAAUGGACCCGCUGCAUCAACUUCCAAUAACACGGGGGGUGCAGGUUGCAGUAAUAAUUCAUCCAAUGGAGUGGAGAGAAGGAAUUCUCAGAAUAAUGGAAGUAAAUCAAACCCCUUGAGAAGUAAGCUUUUAACUGAAGCUCCAAUGCUUAACUGGGGUUCUUUUCUGGAUAACUGGGGAUCAAAUAGGGAUGUUUUGGCUAACCAGAGGGGAUUGGAUCUCGAAGGUCACUGGGGUAGGGUUGACUAUGAUGCAGUUAUACCAGCAGACAAAAUUGCAGAACUAAAUGUGCGGGCAUCUGUUUAUGAAGAAGAGCCUGUUGAAAUCCAACCAUGCCGAGCUCCUUUGAGGAAAGGUGGACUUUGUCAAAGAAGAGACUUGAAAACUUGUCCAUUCCAUGGACUCAUCAUCCCACGGGAUGAUGAAGGGAAACCAAUUAAUGAGAGCUCCGUAACAGAAGAGACAGCUGCAGGAAAACAACCAGAAGAAUCGACUCCAGAUGUGGACAACGAUUUAGUAGAUCAGCUACUAAAACAAGCUGUGAAGAAUGUUCGGGAAAGAGACAGAGAAGAAGUGAAGAAGAGAGAAUCAGACAAACAGGCAUUGAAGAGAGCAAAGGUGGCAAAAGUCCGGGAGCAUAAUGAAGCUGUUCUGCGAGAUGCAGCAAUUGCUUCAACUUCAAGAUCCUCCCAUAUUGGGGAAGAUAUAGAAAUGGGUAAUGGGUUAAGAUCUUCUGCUAAAAGCAAGAAACAAACACUUGCAUCAAUGCUGAAAAAGAAAGAAACUUCGAAAGACAGAUUAGCUCAGAGACUGUUGAACUCUCGUGCAAGAGAUGCUACAAUCAGACAGUUGACGGUGGCAGAGGAGGCAAGCUACAGGGAAGCAUUUCCAAAUCAGUGGUAGACAAACUCAUCUAGUCCUUUAGGUUUCCUUCUCUUACACACUGGAACUACCAAAGCAACUGUUCUUCGUUCCUAGGUUCGCAUUAAAUUUUGUAGUCCUGUGUUUUAUAUUUUGUUUUUGGAUAUAUAAAUAUGUAGACAUGUUGAAUCUGUAACUAAUCUUGCACUGGAAGAAGUAGGAAUUUGCAUUACUGUUACAGUGA